AUGGGCUCUUCGCAGUUAGACUGGAAUUCCAACCAUGAAUUCUUCAAAUUCACGCGUGGUCGGUUUAUUGUAGACGAGGUCGAGAAUUUUCCAAACCGAGAUAUUAAAUUUGACAUGAACAGACUUGCAAGAGUUGACCAGACUCGGUCGGAGCCGCUGAAAGCAUUUCCAUCACGUAGUAUGCCGACGGCAUAUUCAACAAAACCUUCCUCAUGA